AUGACAAAUUCAUCAAUGAUCUCAACGGGUGAAGUUUUGAAAGAGAGAGAGAGAGAGAGAGAGAGGAAGAAGAGGGAAGGGGAUGCGAAGUUUCGUGGGAGGGAGGCUGAGAAUUUGGUUCCUUGGAAGUCUUCUUUUGGUGAGAGGCAGAACUGUGAUGAACAUUGGAGCAUCGUUGUUCUAUGCUUGAAGAUAGAAUCCAGUGUUCAAGACCAGCAGUCCAAUAACACAGUUGCUGGGAUUCCGAUCAAGAAAAGGCUACUUGCUUGGACUAAGUCUUCAUCAUCUCCUUCUGGAGUGUUGUCUUGUAAGACUGAAGGCUCAGGGUCAUCUGCUAAAAAGCCUAUUCUCUCAGAAACAGACCCUACACAAGUGAAGAAGGCCAGGAAACAUUCUAUUGAGCCAGCUAUUGAUAUAAAACUUGUUCCGCCUGGGUGUCAGCACGAAGCUGUUGGUAAAGGAGGCUUAAAUUUAGUCUUGGGACAUGACAAGGAAGCUGGCAAGAUAGACGAACCAACAAUUGACAACCAAUCUAUGUUCCCCCAGGGAUUGCAGUCAGAGUUUAGGGUACCACCUCACUUGUCUGCUGGGGAGAAAAAUACCGAAGACAAAGUCAUUUUAAACAGUAAAUCCGCAUUGCCAGGAGCUUGUAAGGUAGAAGAACCAGCAACUGACAACAGCUUAAUACCCCCCCAGGAAUUGCUAUCAAAGGUAAGGGCACCUUCUUACCUGCCUGCAGUUAAGGAAAAUGCUGAGGGAAAGAAUAUCCCAAAUUGUGAUUCCACAUGGCAAGGAGCUUCAAAAAUCACUAUAUCAACAGGGACAUCAUUGGGCCAUCCCUUGAUGGUAAAUGGAGUUACACCACCUUCCACAGUGUUAUCUGGACUAUUUAAUGAUGGACGACAUUUAGAUGGGAUCUCUGUGAAAGUAGAAAAAAUGGAUAGCUGCUCACAAAGUCUGCCUUUGGUAGGACAAUAUAGUCAGCUGAAGAAACAAAGUGAGUCUGAAAAAGCCAAGUCUUGCCAUGAAAAUAGGUUGAAUUGGGACUUAAAUACCGUUAUGGAGGCUUGGGAGGGAUCCUCUGGUGAGUCAACAAUGAACCAUGAGGAUACAAAUAAUUUAGGCCUUGUGGAUAAAUGUUCUUUAGCAGGGGUACAUAUGGAAGCUAACAGAACUGACCUUACAGUAGGGCAAAGCAGUACUGUAGACACUGACCAUAAAUUCCAACCUGUCCACUUUAUCUCUGUCCACUAGUGAGCAUUUUAGUUCUCGUGCUGGCCUUGAUUUGCAGCUUAGACCUCCUUGUAAGGCAAACUUAGGCCUUAAUUUGGGAGUCUCUAGUCAUUUGGCUGAGUUAAAUUCCAUUCCAGAGAUAUCUGAACUAAGUUUAUCCUUAUCAGGCAAUGUAGACUUUGAAGCCUCUGGGUCAGGAAAAUCUAAAUCUUUUGAUGAGAAGAGUCAAAAUACCACCAAAGAAGUUAAUUUGAGCAGUACAAAGAUAAUAGGUUCUCGACCAAUAAAAUGUGAGCCAUGUGACGGGAAAUUUCAUGAAGCUCCCAACUCGGCCUCCUCCAGUAAUAUGCAAUCAGCAACUUCCAGCAACUCAAAGAUUACUAGCGUGAGUGUUGUGAAACCAGAACCCCGUGAAGUGCCUUCUCAACAAAGUCGCGAGGAACCCACACAGCUUCUCUCUGGUGAGUUUGACAAGAAUAAUUUUGUUUCCUCUGGCACAUGUGUAGCUGAAAAUGCUAAGGCGAUGGAUUUGUUUUCAGACCAUGCUAAGAUCGGACUUGUUUCCGGGAUUUCCACUAAUGCAGAUAAUACCUCCUCUGUUACUACUGGUGUUGUGGGUAUGGAUACGAAUCUACCAUUACAAUCCCUUGCUCCCGAUUGUGGGACGGCACAUUAUUCUGGAGGAGUACGAAAUGAUGCUAAUGAGUCUUGUAAUGAAAAUAGAGCUUUUGGUGAAGCUUCGGGCAAUCUAUUAGAAUCUGCAGUUGCCCAAGUGAAGGAUGUGAAUGCUGCUUGUGAAGCUUUUGAAUUGGUUGCUGUCACCUCAAGUUUGCCUGUAGAACAUAUUGGUUCUGAUGACAAAGGAUCUAUAACAACUAAUGAUUUAUCUCUGGUUAUUGGAACAACUGGUUCUAAUGAUGAUAAGCUAGCUACACAUGAGACUAGUGUUAUUGAAAACAAUGAAGAGAAGAAUAGUUUCAUAUCA